AGCAUGUCAGAUCAGGAGAAGUUCCUGGAAGUUUUAAAGAAGGAGCUACGCUCUCUGCUGAUUUCUGCCAAAAAUAGUCUGACUCCUGUUGAGCUAGAAAGAGAUUACCACAGCAUGAUGGGGAAGCGGCUGCCUCUGUGUGCAUUAGGUUACAGGUCUGUUCUGGAGCUUGCCUCCCAUAUACCGGAUACUAUUAAAGUUCACAAGUGUGGAGAUGGCAGCAUCCUUCUGAAAGGGGUUGGGAAUGAAACGACUAAAGGAAUUGAAGAGCUGGUGGCAAAGGCAAAAGUCUCCACCAAGACCAAACGUAACUUAAGAAAAACUAGGUAUGAACUCAUGCAGAAGCAAGCAUUCCUGCCCAGGCGGUAUAACACCACCCCAAUUCUACCAGCAUUAGUGAAAUGUGAACUUAGAGAGCUGGUGGCAUCUUUUCCUGGUGGUGUCCUACUCUCUGAUUUUGACAAGUCAUUUAUGAAAAGGUAUGGACGGCCAUUUCAGUACACAAGAUACGGCUUCUACUCCUUACAGGAAGUUCUCAAAGCAACUGGAGAUGACAUUGAGAUCCAACAGACACGCCAGGGUUCCCUUCUAUUGCUGAGAAACAAAAAUAGAGAGAGUCCAAUCAAACAAGGUAAACAGCUAAGCCAGCCCUUGCAAAACAACCAAGCCCAAUCAAUUGCAAUACCAAGCCCCAUCAAACCGCCCACAGGGAACCAAAUUGUAUCACCUUCGAGGCCAGAGAAUUUACCAGAUCCUGCUCCAGACCCAGAGUACUUUGAUGGAGGUUUGAAAAAGCUUGUAGAAGACCUGAGGACAGUACUUGUAGAUAAAGGGGUCGAAGGCACCAUUGAUUCACAAGUAAAGGAGAAAAUUCGGUUUACAGUAGCACAACGACCUAAUGGGUUAUUGGCAUCUAAACUCCCAACGGAAUUCAAGAAUAUUUUUGGAAUGGAACUUCCCUUAAAGGAUUUGGGCUUCUAUAGUGUGACUGAACUUGUUGGUGCCUUAAGCGAUACCCUCUGUGUGGAGCGUGACUCUGUAAACCAGGAUUGGCUAGUCUUUGACAUCCGACACUGCAAGUCACUUCAAAGAUGUACCCACUACACUAUGGCGACCAGCAUUGCACACACUACUCCAGAGCAAGUGGAAUCACAACUCAACAAAAUCAAUUCAUUGCCAUCUGCAGACCAGAAAAAUACAGUUAUUGCAGACAGUAGGGAGCCUGGAAAGAAUUUCAGCCUUAAAACAAGUAAUGUGGAAAUGGUAAAGAAGACCCAGUGUUCACCAGAAAUUGAGAUUCCACCAGACGCCAUACAGGAUGGAAGUCUCUACAAGUUACCAGAGCUAGAGGAAAACUCCUUUGUUUGUGUGUUUGUAGAAAGCGUGACUUCGCCCAGUCAGUUUUAUAUUCGUUUCUAUGGGGAUUGCACCUCUAUGAUGCUCGAGGAUCUGAUGAUUGAGAUGAGACGUUGCUAUUCCUAUCAAGAGGUCUCUGAACGCUAUGUGAUGCCAGAUUCAUUUAUCCAGCCAGGACAAGUGUGCUGUGUGCGGAAUCCUCAUGAUGUGUGGUGGUACCGUGUCAUUAUCCACUGGGUACUAGAUGAAAAACUAGUGGAGGUGUACUAUGUUGACUUUGGAGAUAUUUCUUCCGUGGAAAGAUCUAGACUAAGGUUCCUCAAAUGUUGCCAUUCAAAACUUCCUGCCCAAGGAGUCCCAUCAACGCUUAUGUGGCUACAACCAACUGAGGAUGAUUGGAGCAUUGCUGCUAAAAAUCAAUUCCUGAGAUUCUGUGGAAAACAACCACUGGUGGCCCUGAUUUGUGGAUAUCUUGACGAUGUGUUGUACUUGUUCCUAUGUGAUACGUCUACAGAUGAAGACAUUUACAUUAAUGAUGUGCUUAAGAAAGCAGGUCAUGCUGUGCCCUGCCUUACAUACAAUGCCUCUAAGGGAUUUGGGCUGUUUAAUCCAGCAACCCUGUAUUUGAAAUCAAAACUAAUUUCUGUAAAGGAGGUGCCAUCAAAAAUUAAGGAGCCUCCAACAUCCCCACUUGACAGAAAACCCAAAUCCUCCACAGCAGAACAGAACAUCAAAGAAUCAGACCUCCCAGCACAUGGAGGAAAGAGUGAACAGGAUUUUGAAUCACUAACAUUUGAUUUGCCAUAUUUGGAACCACAUCCAUUUUGCUCUGUUACUUCAGUUGAAGACAGUUGUAAAUCGUUGAAGAUGUCUGUACUGGGAGUGUCUGAAGAAAUUAAGUAUAAUGAGCUCCCAGCACUCGAGGUGGUGGAAGAGGAAAAGCAACAGGAUCUGUGCUGUGAAUCAUUGAACAGCGUGGAUCAUCUCCCAAAUUCAGAGGCAAAGUUAAAAUCACAAGAUGAGUUUUAUAUCUCACUAAUUGAUACUAAGCAUACUGUGGAACCAUGUAGUGCGGAGAUUCCUAGUGGAUAUGGCCAGUCUGGUGUAACUUUCAAACCCGAGAAUGUUCAGCCUUCUUUAAAAGCAGAUGCCAAGGAAGUAGUUUCCAGCUACACUUCUGAAGCUCCUCAAAACGAAACCAUUCUGGCUACUGCAGUGUCUUUAUUCAGCAAUGUCCAGGAGGAGUCUGUCCUGACAUCACCUGUGUUAUCUGCUGCACCAGCUGGGCACAAUAAAUUUCAUCUACCCAGGAGCUCUUCAUCCGUCGCAUUGGGCCCCUCUGCACGCAUGGCAGGAGCACUCCAUCAUUUAUCAUGGCUGUCAAUAGUGAACAAAAAGCUGUAAUCCUCACAAUUCCAGAUAGGAAAUCAGCCUGGAUUAGCUGGAACACGACUUGGCCACCAAUACGUCAUUAAAAAGGAUUCCUAUUUGAUGCCCCAGGUCCGAAUUAUACAACCUCUGUGGUCUGAAGAGCUUGUUUUCAAAAGAUUGAACAUCAAACUGACAAAACCCAAGUUCGAAAAUAUUACCAUUGCCAAAAUAUUUCUCUGUUUUGAGAUUCCCCCCCCCCGUGCUAUCUUUUUUUCACAUGCUUCUACAAAGGAAACAUUGUAUAAGAUAAAUGUAAUCUUGAUCUUUGUAUUUUGUUUAUUAAGAUUUUUUUUUAUUGGGAAAGAUAUACUUAUGAAUGUCGACCUUAUUGAAACAACCAAAGUGACCGUGUGAUGAAGCUGAUUUAAUAUGGAAUUGAAAUGGCAAUCUUUUACGUUUGUGUAUUGAAUGGAAAACUGCUGAUAGCUCUAAUGCUUGACAUGCUCAGUAAGCCUUUACAUCCUCGUCAGUUAAUGCAAUGUUUACUUUUACUUUCUAUCACUUAAUUUUACUAUUUACUUUUUUUAUAUUAAAAGUUUUUGCUGAUGGUGAUGAAACAUUUUUCCUUUUCAGGUGCCCAUUGGCCAGAUCAACCACUCCCCCAGGUCAGAUACAGCACAAUGAGCUAUAGAGUAAAGUAGCACCCUUUCCUUUGAAUCACAAGAUUCUGGAUUCAAGUCCUUCUCCAGACCUUGAGCACAAAAACCAAGGCUGACACUGCAUACAGUAUUGAGGAUGUGCUGCACUGUCAGAGGUGUGCCAUCUUUUGGGUGAGGCAUUAAACCAAGGCUCCAUCUGUCUGCUCUGGUGGA